AUUUCAUUAUCCCUAUGAAAUUAUAUCUGAAUUUUGAAGUGGUUGUUAAAAAUCGUAAAAAUCAGUGUACAUGUCCUUAAUAAGAACUUUUGAAAAAAUGUUUCCCUUUUGCAAAAAGGACUUAGCCUCCAAAGAUUCUGUAUUUCACACCUUUGUCUGAGGAUCUGCCAGCUUUGUCCUGGUCAGGCUCUAAAUUUACAGAUGAUGGCUGAGGUGCUCCAGGUCAAGAGAAGAAACCGUUGGCUGGAGUGUAGGAAGUACAACAGCAGAGAGGAAAUGAAGUUAUGUGUGAGGUUAUGACAUCUAGUGAAAGCUGGAGGACUGGUAUUUAGACUAUUUAUGGAAGAGAAGGAAGAAGCUGUAAUUGUGGGAGGCUGGGGAAAGAGCAGUAGUAGACAUGGAUCUGCUGAAGAACUGUCUUUUGGGUGAGAAAACUGGCCAAGGAGACAUUAUGGGGAUUGAGAUCAGACUUGAGCCAAGAGGUGGCAAAGAGGGACUGGAACUGCUUGGGUGAACAAGGGCAGAAAAGACAGGAAAUCCUGAAAGAAUGGGGGGAUAAGGAGAGAAUGAAGAAUUUGAAAUGAAAAUAUGGGAGUUGCAUUUCAUGGAGUCAUCAGAAACAGGGCUGUGUGUUUGAGUGGGUUAAACUGACUGGGAUAAAACAGCUGAAGGAGUGGGAAUUCAGAAAGAAUAAGACAUUAACAGGAAACUGUGACAAGAAACACUAGUUAGAAGGCAGAGGAGCUGGAAGAGCAUGUGCCUACAAGCAUAGACUAGAAUUCUGAUAAUUUUUCCAACUGACAAGUGUCAGUGAAAUAAAAUUAUAAAACUUACUCUUUUUUCUCCUGCAAAUGUUUUACAGCAGAGGAGGUGGCCAGAUGUUUCUGUUUUGAAGCAGUUAGGAAUAUUAGUGGUAGAAUCCAUAUGAGGGAGUUUUGCUGAGUUUUUCGUUUCUUUGACUUGGAGAGCUACACAGGUGUAAAAACUUAACAGCAGCAUCUUUGGAAAAUGACAGAAUGACUGUUGAUUAAAAAACCUCACUGAGCUCCAUCCUCCAAGAAUCUAAUCUAACUUUUCCUUGCAGGGAUACUUUUUGGAAAAUGCCGAGCCGGAGGUAUGCUGAUGGCGAGGUGGUGAUGGGCCGUUGGCCAGGAAGUGUCCUGUACUAUGAAGUACAAGUGACCAGUUAUGAUGAUGUUGCUCAUCUUUAUACUGUCAAGUACAAAGAUGGAACUGAACUUGCACUGAAAGAAAGUGAUAUAAGGUCUCAGUCAUCAUUCAAGCACAGGAAGAGCCAGUCUUCUUCAAGUUCUCCCUCCAGAAGAAGCACCAGCAGAUCUCGAUCCAGGUCUCCUGGUCGGCCGGGGAGAGGGAGACGUCGUUCUACUUCCCAAAGCAGAGAACAUAAAGAUGACAAAAAGAAAACCAUUCAGGAAACCAGCUUAGCUCUACCAGCGAAGCCGAGUGAGAAUAACACCAAAAGGUACAACGGUGAACCUGAAAAUACAGAAAAAAAUGACACAUCCUGCAUAAUCUUGGAGCAAAAGUUAAAACCAGAUGUGGAAGUAAAGCAUUUUGAACAGUACAGCCUGCGUUCAAGGAAAGAUGAAAAGAAGAAAGAAGAGAUAUAUUCGGAGAAAAAGAUUUUUACGGCAUUAAAAACAAUUGAGAAAGCACCAUCAAAAACAAAGGAGCUGGAGUUUGGGGGAAGAAUUGGGACCUUCAUGCUGAUGUUUCUCCUUCCUGCUACUGUAUUGUACUUGCUGUUGAUGUGUAAACAAGAUGACCCCAGUCUUUUGAACUUCCCUCCUCUCCCAGCACUUGAAAGUCUUUGGGAGACGAGGGUGUUUGGUGUUUAUCUUCUGUGGUUUUUCCUUCAAGCUCUGUUCUACUUGCUGCCAAUUGGAAAGGUUGUAGAAGGCCUGCCUCUUUCAAAUGGAAAGAAACUACAGUACCGGAUAAAUGGGUUUUAUGCUUUUAUUUUCACUACUGCAGCUAUUGGAAUUUUAUUGUACUUUCAGUUUGAACUUCAUUAUUUGUAUGAUCACUUCAUACAGUUUGCAGUGUCAGCUGCAGCUUUUUCUUUGGCAUUGAGCAUUUAUCUGUAUGUUCGGUCCCUGAAAGCACCCGAGGAAGAACUAGCACCAAGUGGAAAUUCUGGGUAUUUCAUUUAUGAUUUCUUUAUUGGACAUGAAUUAAACCCUCGUAUUGGCAGUUUUGACCUCAAAUACUUCUGUGAGUUGCGUCCAGGAUUAAUUGGCUGGGUUGUUAUAAACUUGGCAAUGCUCUUGGCUGAGAUGAAGAUACACAAUCUAAGUAUGCCGUCCCUGUCAAUGAUACUUGUGAACAGCUUUCAGCUUCUGUAUGUGGUGGAUGCUCUUUGGAACGAGGAAGCUGUUUUGACUACAAUGGAUAUUACCCAUGAUGGAUUUGGAUUCAUGCUGGCAUUUGGAGAUUUGGUGUGGGUUCCAUUUGUCUACAGUCUGCAGGCCUUCUAUUUAGUGGGUCAUCCUACUGUGAUUUCUUGGCCGGUUGCUGCCGCAAUUACUGUUAUGAACUGUAUUGGGUAUUACAUAUUCCGUAGUGCAAAUUCUCAGAAAAAUAAUUUCCGAAGGAAUCCCGCAGAUCCCAAAUUGGCCAAUCUGAAAUUUAUACCCACUGCAACUGGAAAAGGGCUUCUUGUCACGGGUUGGUGGGGUUUUGUUCGUCACCCUAAUUAUCUCGGUGAUAUCAUCAUGGCUCUAGCAUGGUCCCUACCCUGUGGUUUUAACCACAUUUUGCCGUAUUUCUACGUGAUAUAUUUCAUCUGCUUGCUUGUUCAUCGAGAAGCUCGUGAUGAACAUCAUUGUAAGCAAAAAUAUGGCUUGGCAUGGGAAAGGUAUUGCCAGCGUGUACCAUACCGCAUAUUUCCUUACAUCUACUAGAGCACUCCUGGUUCCUGAUUGGAAAGUUCCUUCUAAAGUUAGUUUCUUUGCAGAUAAAAUAUACCUCUUACCUUUGCACUUGGUCAUUUGUCAUUUAGGCUUUUAAGAAAAAAAAAAAAAAAGACCAAACUUUGGAGUGCAUCAAAGGUAUUUACAAGUAAGCUUAAAUACAUGAGUUAUGUGAACUGACUGGCUGUGACUUCAAUUCUUAAAAUAUUGUGAAUUUUAAAAACUCUUGGAGCCCUAAUUUUUCAAGCUAAAUUUUAUCUAGAAUUCCGAGUUUACAUUUUUUUUUUAUUGCGUUUAAUUAAGCACUGUGAUGUAAAGUAUAUUAUUUUCUUAAUACAAUAAAUGCUGAAAUUCCAUCCAGUUCAUUUUUUGGUGUUACUUGUACCAUCUGACUUCAGAUGUCCAAUUUAGUUGCCUGAAUUGGAGGAGCAGCAGGGUGUUUUUGGUCAGUGAGCUGGCAGCAGAGGAUUUGACCCACAUGAGGGGCCUGCAGCCCAGGGCCUGGAGCUGGCACAGCUCAGCUAGGUGGUUGUUCCCCUCCUGGCUUUUCAUUAAUUGGAUUUUUUUUGGUCAGGGAGGCUCAGGUGACCACUCCUGCCCUGCACCUGCAGGAGGGACUGAGGGAUAUAGAACUGGGAGAAGGGAAGGGGCACAGCUGUCCCCUCCUCCCGUCCCAUUCUUGAGGCAGUUUCAGCACAGACCAAGGGGAACUCUGAAGCUGCUGCCUGGCAGUGCCCCUGGCCCUGGAUUUAAACCAUGCUUCUGGCUCAGACUCCUGAAAGUAGAUGAUACAAACACUUGCUUUGGCUGUGGGCAGAGCUGUGGAAGUGAGCAGUGAACCCUCAUGCUGCCUCUAGCAUUGAACAGGGGGUAGCAAAAGUGUGCAGUGAAUGCACAUUAGACAGAAAAGGAUCAAAUGACCACAGUCAGCUUAUUCUGAUCUUUGUAAAUUAUGUCUUAAUGUACCAUAGCGUUUACCAAGUGUGUAUAAUAAAGCCUCCACGUUUUUUCUGUACAGUGUUUGGGUUUGAAAAUGCAACAGCUUUUUUAGAAACAGAAGAAAUCAGUAACUAAGCCAAUUUCCAGUAAUUUUAAAAAAAAUGUUCAUUGAAAAAAGGUUUUUGUAAAUUAAUGUUGUAGUUCUUGAAACAAUUGAAAUGUUCAUUUAAAUAUUUGUAUUGACAGAUAUGCUAUGAAAAUAUAGGAAUUGCUCCUCAA